AUGUUUGUGAGGUGUGGUGAUUUAGAAGCUGGAGAGUUCAUCUUCCACGGACUGAAUAAUCGAAACGUUUUCUCCUGGAACUUGCUGAUUGCUGCAUAUGCCCAGUCUGGGCAUCCACAAGAAGCUCGGACUACCUUCGAGAAGAUGCCCGAGACCGACUCGGUCUCGUGGGCGUCGGUGGUUCAGUGCUGCGCCCAACACGGUCUCAUAGACGAUGCCACUGCCAUUCUAGAAAGAAUUCCGGAGAGCAAUCCCAUUGCAGUCACAAGCUUGAUCCAAGCCUAUGUGAAGCACAGCCGGUUCCUUUGCGCGAGGAGAUUGUUCUAUGCCGGAAUGUCUGGAAGGGAUGUAGUCGCGUGGACGGCCAUGAUUUCAUCGUACGCAGGAGAUGGCGCUUGGGACGUUCUGGAGAAAAUGCCCGCAUGGAAUGUGGUGGCGUGGACGGCUGUGGUGACUGCGUAUGCCCAAUCUGGGCAUAUAGUCGAGGCCAAAAGGGUGUUUGAUUUGAUGCCAGAAAAGAGCGACGUGUCAUGGUGUUCGAUGAUCGCUGCGUGCUCGCAGUGCUCUGAAAUUGAUCUUGCAAAGGCUCUGUGCCGGAUGAUUCCCAAGAACAAUAUCUGCUCCUCAACUGCGCUUCUUGCCACCUUUGCCGCUGGCGGAGAUGUGGUUCAUGGGAAGAAAGUCUUCGAUGAGAUGCCGCAAAGGAACAUCGUCUCCUGGAACGCAAUUCUUCAUGUCUACAUAGAAAACGGGAUGUUGUCCUCGGCCACAGCAGUUCUUGAGAGAAUGCCUGCGAAAGAUACGAUCUCGUGGACGUCGCUGAUUACGGCUCAUGCCCAGAGAGGGCAAAUCCAGAAAGCGCAAGAGAUCUUUCAAUCGAUGUGCUGCAGAAACGCUGUGUCAUGGAACGCAAUCGGCGCGGCAUACUCCGACAACAACUGUCCACUUCUUGCGAGAUCUGUGCUUGAUCGAAUGCCGCAGAGCAGUCUUUCGUGCUGGAACUCUGUUCUUGCAGCGUAUGCCCGCUCGGGGGAUCCGGCGGCUGCCGAGUCUCUUUUCCAGUCCAUUCCGGAGCGGAAUUCCAUCUCAUGGACGGCCGCGAUCGCCGCUUACGCGAACGCGGGGCUGCCCGCCGCGAGCUUCCACCGCGCGCGCGAGAUGGAGCUCGAGGGUGGCGCAAUUGCCGACGACCUCACCUUCACCGCGAUUCUCGGCGCUUGCAUCCACCACGGAUCCCUGCGCGAGGCGCGAUUCUUCUUCCAAUCCAUGAUCUCGGACCACCAGAUCGCCGCCACGAUCGAGCACUACAACUGCGUGAUCGCGGCGCUGGGCAAGGCCGGCCACACGGACCGCGCGCUGGAGCUCAUGGGCGCAAUGCCCUUCGUGCCCGAUUCCACCACCGCCAAGACGCUACUGGCGGCGUGUGGAAUCCACGGCGAGCUCCAGCUGGGCUCCCGCGCCGCCGCCAUCGCCGCCGCCGCCACUGGAUCCUGGAAUGCUGGAGAUUCCCCGGCAUCCCAUAUCCUGGUCUCCAACAUGCUCUGUCUCGAUGCCGGGGAACACGGGUGA